GCCGGCUGAAGCGACACACAAGACAGCGUCGCACGCAUCGGGCAGCGCCGGCCGCACAGGCGCCGCUUCGUUCUCUCUGUGGGCCUCGCCCUUGCGGAAUGCCAGCGCCUGCCUCGCGUGGCCGGCCAGGGCCACCAAGAAACCGAAAGGGGGGGAAAGGCCGCGGGGCCGGGCCAAUCGAUUGGACCGCGCGCAUGCCGGAGCACCCUGCAGGAACAGGAAAAGAAGGCAGCGCGCCCCGCCAUCCCCCCCAAGCCCCGCCUCGGGGCCCCUCGGGGGGGGCGCCCUGCCUGCGCCCCGCGGGCGGCGCGCGUAGUUAGUAAAUGACAGCAAAGCGCCGACGUCGCUUCACGCUUCCUUGCCCGGGGGGGUUCAUUCGUUUCGGGGCGAGUUACAGACUACAAUCGACAUCGCCCCCAAAGAAAGAGGCCCCCACGACCACCCUACGCGCGCUCCUUGACCCAACCAGCGCGGCCCUUGGUGGCAAGCUCGACAAACAACACGCGGCGGCCUGUAUUGGCCAGGUGCCUCGCGAGAUACUGCGCCACGCGGAGGCGACGGGGGCCGAAUGCGAUGCGGCGCAGACACGACCGAGGUUGUCGGACGAGGUGA